AUCGGUACACGUUAUACAGGAAGUUUCAUAGUCAUUUUCUAGAGCAUGUAUUCGUACGAUCCACACUCAUCAUUCAAAUACUUACUUCCAUGGCUGCGGUUAUCCGAACGAGUAGUGCAUCGUUCUCGAGUUGAAAUUAACGAUAAAACAGUCUAAUGUUGGUAUUGUUCUUGGGAAAGACAAACACGUACAUAUGACCGCUGCCGGAAACAGAAGGAUGACCGACACCGCAACACUGCCGGAUGCGGAGCGGGAUCUCCAGUCUCUGGAAUCGGGUACUCCGCUGGAAUCACAUUUCUCUGGGAAGCGACCACAAACCGGUGUGCUCCGGCUGAACCGGCAAACGCACCAGAUUUUAUGGAUUCCCGGUGAGCCUCGCGGACGACGCACAGUCAAUCUGCACUCAAUCAGGGAAGUGCGGAAUAACAGGACGUUUAAAGAUUUUGAGAAGUCGGAAGACGGACAAGUGCAUAUGCAACCCCAAAAUUAUUUUGUGAUAUUUUACGGUGAUUCCUUUGUGCUGUCAUCUUUGAGCUUUAGUUGUGAAUCAGUUGAUAUUCCUAAGCGCUGGACACGUGUUUUAACUCAGCUCUGUUGGGAAUACAAACGAUAUCACUUUAGUGAUCUCUGUCAAAUGUGGUUAAGACAGAAAUUUGAUUUGGAGAAACAAGCAAGACAACACCUGACUUUGCAAGACACAAGGCGGUUUUUUAUCAGUUGUAAUUUGAAAUUGGACAUCGGGAAACUCCGCGAUGACCUUCUGCGUGUCAACGACCAACUGGACAGCAAUAAUACGUUACAAGACCAUAUCGUGCAUUUUGAUGAUUUCCAUAAACUUUACGGGAAAUAUAUGCGCGAAGUUACAACAGAGAUAUAUGACACCUACCUACACUUUCAUUCCGCAAACCAAAUCUCUAUAUCGGAGACAGACUUUUCCCGCUUUUUAUGCGACGAACAACACGAGCCCGAGGAUACAGUUUCCGAACGCAUCGACCAUCUUUUCGGACCCAACAAUCGCGAUCACGAUAUCACCCCAGAGCAAUUCGUGGAUUACUUAUUUUCGCGAGACAAUUCAGUAUUUGAUCCGAAAUUCUCCACGGUUUACCAAGAUAUGACGUUACCUAUGACUUACUACUGGAUCGCAAGCUCGCACAAUACGUAUCUUACUGGGAAUCAGUUGAACAGCGAAUCUUCUCCGGAAGCGUAUGUCAGAUGUUUAAGGGCCGGCGCCAGAUGUAUAGAGCUUUCGCAACUGAAAAGUGUAUUGGAUGCAAUUGCCGAGCACGCCUUCGUUGCAUCUCCAUACCCCGUAAUUCUCUCGAUCGAAGACCACUGCUGCACGAAACAACAACAGACAAUGGCGGAAAUGUUUAAAUUUGUCUUUUCGGAUAUGCUUCUAACCGCGCCACUUCAAACAAAUAGCAACAACAUGAUGCCAUCACCUAGGGAUCUUUUGGGAAAAAUUAUUGUUAAGCACAAAGUGCUGAAACUCGAUUCAGGAAGAGGGAGGGACAUGAUAAAAACGUUAUCACUUAAUACAAGCUGCAGUGAAGACGAAAGUACGCGAAAUCUUCCGGCUACCGCAAUAACGCAUCGUGGUAAAAUGCUCGUGGAAAUCAAGAACAAUUAUAACGGCGCCUCAUCGCUUCCGAACAGGAACAUACCCGAUGUGGAAUGGAUUUCCCAGUAUUUUGUUUUGGCUAACAAUAAAUUAUACCACAUGGACGAAGAGCCACAUAUCGACGAAUUCGAUGGGUCGCAAACAAAUGACAGUGCCGAAGAGGAAGCAACCACAAAUUCCGAAAGCGAUUGUGACCUUCAUUUGGACGAGCUGUGGUAUCACGGUUACUUAGUUGGGCCGACUGACGCAGCCCGGUUGCUUGAUUCUUAUGAGCACAAAACGGAUGGAUUAUUCGUUGUAAGAAGAAGCGAAAACAAUCCAGGCGACUGUACGAUAUCCUUUCUACGAGAUCAUAAAAUAUAUCAUGGCCGGAUCAAACAUAUGCGGGAGAAUGGAAAAAGCGUGUAUUUCAUGGAUCGGAAUAUUGGUGUCGCCAGCGAAAUCGGCCCGGGACAGAAGAAAGCCGAUAGCAUUUAUGAACUGGUCACGCAUUAUCAGUCCAGACCACUGGUUUUCCAUUACGGCAACAGCAGGGAGCAGUUUGAAAUUCUUCUUCGCGACACAGUACCGCAACCGCAGCCUCAUUUGCAAGAGCCAUGGUUUCAUGGACAUAUGACCAGAAAAGUUGCUGAAGAGAUUCUCGAAAUGCGGAGUAAAGAGGAAGGUUUGUUCCUCGUUAGAAACAGCCAAAACGAUCCGCAAAAAUUUGUGAUUUCCUUCAAUGCAAGCAACGCGCCAAGACAUUUGUCGAUUGAUCACGAGAAACGUUUGUUCCACAUUGACCCUACUGUAAAAGGAUUUGAAGCAUUGCGAGAAAUCGUGCAACAUUUCCAAAGAGUGCAGAUUUUCAAUCAGACCCGGCUCAGCAAAGAAGGUGUCAAUACUGCUGAGGCGCAGCAAAUGCUAAACCAAAGAAAUGACGGGAACCCCAUUGGAGGAGACGUUGGCGCUUCUGUGAACUAUUUCAUAAAUGGACAGCCUUACCAUUAUAUUCCCUACAGGAGCACCUGCCGAGUCAUCUUUGAUUACACCGCUCGUUCACCGGAAGAACUGACCUUACCCAUUGGCGCCACGAUAACAAAUGUUGAGAAAUCCAGUGUGCGAGGGAGUGCAUGGUGGACGGGAGACUUCGGGCAAGCUUCCCGCGGCUUGUUCCCGGCUGCCGUUGUAAUGGAAAUAAAGCCACAUCUAACGCGGUAUUCCUCUAUGAGCAACCACUGGGAUGACCUUUUAUUAGGUCCCACCCAGCGUGGUUGCAUUCCCCUUUCCAAUGAAAUGACGGUGAAGUGUGCUAAGAAGACUGAAGAAGACAAACAACAUAUUUUCCGUGUACGAUCUAAAACUCAGAGGAUAUCGUUCGCUUGUGAGAGCCGGGAACAAAUGAACGAAUGGAUAAGAAAGAUCAAGUCCAGCAUAAGCGAUACCGAGAAACAGAAGAAAAUCAUGGUCAAUAUGCAAGCAAAAUGGAAGUGUGCAAGAGAAAUGUCGGAUAUUACCAUUUAUUUUCACAGUGGUUCAAAAUUUGACCUGAAUCGACCAAGUGAGAAACCAGAUUUUCGCAAAAUGACUUCCUUCGAACAAACGGCCGUAAAAGAAUUACUUGGGAAGGACAAAUGUAAGCAGUAUUUAAGAUACCACCGCAUCCAGUUCAGCAGAGUCUAUCCGGAUAAGUGGGCAGUCAUGUCGGCUAACUACGAUCCUGUUAGGGCGUGGUUAGCGGGAGUCCAAAUGGUAGCUUUGAAUUAUCAAAAGCCAGAUGAGCCGAUGCAAAUUAAUCAAGCCAGAUUUAUGGAUAAUGGUGGAUGUGGGUACGUUUUACAACCGGAUUACAUGCGUUCCGACAAUUAUGAUCCACACGAUCCUCGAACACUAUCGGUAGAGCCAAUUUUCAUCACUUUUACGGUUAUUGGUGCGCGAAACCUACCCGGAAGAGCCGGAUUUUCUGGUCGGUCAAAAUGCAUUGUCAGGCCAAGAGUGGAAGUGCAUAUUCUGGGAGCACCAUAUGAUUGUGCAGCGAGAAUAGUCCAGCAAAAUGCCGGGGAAAACGGCUUCAAUCCACUUUUUAACGACGCGGUGUCCUUCGAUAUUCACAACGUGGAAGUGGCUUUUGUUCGCUUUGUGGUCAACGAUCUGGAUCGAUUGGACAAUGUGGGAUUCUUAGCCCAAGCGACCUUCCCUGUUAAAACACUCAGGACCGGCUUCCGUUCCAUCCAGCUGAAAAACGGAUACGGCGAAGAUAUUCCCAUGGCUACUUUACUUGUAAAAGUCGAGCGCAUUAGCUUGAGAGGAAUUGAUAAAGAGAGCCAGGGAGUUUAUUUGGCUUUGCAAGAUUAUCGUCAGAAAGUUGAUGAUAUAAAUCAGUUAAGGAGUCAGCAAGGCAAUCAACCCCUUAGCAAUGAAAUGAACAACGAACUUAAAAAAGCUGAAUCUGGACUGGCAACAACGAGCGGUUUAUGGCUGCAAAUUUUGACAAGAGAAAAAGCGAAGUCGAUGAAAAAUCGCUCUGGAUAAGAGAAAAGAUUGCUGUUUAUUAAAAGCGUUGGUGCCUGACCUGCCGGUUCCGACAAGAUCCGCAGUGACCACGGGUAGCCUUUGCUUAUCACCGUUCAGACUAUUGUUAUUGCACUUUGCUUUUGUUAUCAGUUAACUGUUUGUCAAAUACUGUAAUCGCAAAAUCUAUGUGAUUUUUUUCUAGUUUUAUACACAUUUUUUGUUUUUUUCCGCUAGUUGUUGAUAAUAUUUUUGAACGAUUGUUGCACUGUAAUAAUAAUGAGCUACACCAGUUACCAUUCGGUACAGGGACGUGAAGAGCACAACAGAAAGUACAGUAC